AUGAGUAAAUUCGUUCCAAGGGCAGUGUUCCCCACCUAUAACAUCCCCUUGUCGAAUUUCAAAGGCCAUCAUCAGAAAGCGUUGUCCAAGUUGGGGCAUCUUGCACCGCAGUUGGACUUGGUGCUCGAGGUGCGAGAUUGCAGGGCCCCGAUAGCGACCACCAAUGUUUUAUUUGACAAGCUUCUUGCGUCAAAGCGAAAGCUUGUACUAUACAGCAAAAAGGAUCUUUCCGUGCUAAAACCGAAAGUGUUAGACGCGUGGCACAAGCUGAAAAACGAGGAGUACAUGUUUAUCGAUUGUCGAAACAAACAGGACUGCAAGAAAAUCAUUCAAAGGUUGACCGCGUUAUACAACGGGAUGGAAAGCAAACCGCCGCUCGGCUUGCGUCUGAUGAUUGUGGGGAUGCCCAACGUCGGCAAAUCGACGUUGGUCAACACCAUGCGCCAAGUGGGAUUAAAGAGUGCCCACGAGGAAGGCAGCGUCUCCACCAAGGUGAGAAAAGUUGCCAAGACUGGCGGUCUACCUGGUGUCACGCGGUCCACGAGUGAAGUUAUACGGUUAUGCCGUGAUCCCGAUAUCAUGGUGCAUGACACCCCGGGCAUCUUUUUGCCUACAGUCAAAGACCCCGAGACAAUGAUAACUUUGGCUUUGGUUGGCUGUAUCCACGAUUCAUUCGUUGAUCCCGUCAUCGUGGCAGAUUACCUACUUUUUGUCCUCAACUUGCAGGACCCUAGUGGCAAACCUUACUCAUACUACAUGCUGCAUCCAACCAACGACAUCUACGAGUUGAUGCACAACAUUGCCAAGAAGAGGGGCACGCUCAGAAAAGACGACAGCUAUGAUGAGCUAGGUGUGGCCAACCAUUGGAUCAAUAUCUGGAAACAGGGCAAGAACCACAAGUUCAAGGGACUAUUUGACUUGGCUGCGAUCAAAGAUGUUGAAAAUAUCAAGCAGAUUUUGAAUGAAGAAAGGGAAAGAGUCGGCCUUACGAAAGUGCACCAGAGACUUUCCGAUAGUUUUGGUGUCGAUGGUACUUCCACCGCCUCUCAUCGAAAAAGAACUGCAAAAGAUAGAGAAGCUGACAUGAGAAAUAGGCUAUUCAAAUUGUAA